AAGACGUAGCGAAAAGCUGACUGAAAGGAAUACUAAGGUUUCCUCUCGAGAAAUCGAGGAACUAAUACCACCGCUUCUGGUCUGCUUUCUUUUCACAGCUGGUGAGGAGUUUACUACGGAGUGACCGACCGACCAUCUUCAACUCCAGUCAAAACAUAGUACAGCUACGCAAAAAAAACCCCAAACCCACUGACGUCUCGGAGAUCAGACCUUAGAGUUCACGACCAAAACAACAACAACAACAACAACAACAACAACAACAACAACAACAACAACACCACCAUCAGGAACAUUCCGAAAAACAAACUACGUUUCUUAUUGUGAGAAGGAAAAACCCAACGUAUCUGAGAACUAAUCUAUCGCUUUGACGGAACUUUUCUUAAUGACGAUGAUUUAUUUCUAUGAGGCAGAUUCUCUAGGCUACAGUAUAAUCAAAAUAACCUCUCUUGGGUUGAUUUUUUAAAAGGUUGUGACUGCAAUAUUUUCGACCAUAUCUCAGGAUUAUUUGCUUAUAUUGUCGGCUUAUAAUAUCAUUUUUUUUAUAACUACAGAAUUCCUCAACGUAUCUGUGAGCAACAUUCCCCAAUACUCAACAACCUGAACUACAGAAACGGAAAAGGAAAAAGAAGAACAAUUGCUCGAAAAGAAGAAAAAAAAAGAAGUACGAAUCAACACGAGAACAAAUAAACAAAUACAUAAAUAAAUAAGUAAAUAAAUUUUUAGAAAUACAUAGACAAGAAACGAGAAACAAAAUAGAACAACCCAGAAGAAUAUCGUGCAUCGUCAAGGGAAAGAGAAAGAGGAAAGAAAAAAAAAAGUACGCGCUCUGACGAAAAGACGCGCACUUUUACAAAGACAACAACAACAACCCCAAAACCCAUCAAAAAGAAGAAAACUACGGAGGACUAACUCUCCCCCCUCUCCGUGGUCGCAUCAUCCAUCUACUUCAAAGACCAAAAAUGGUGCGUUCAACAGUGCUGGUGGCUGGCUCUCUGGUCCUGGUGCUCUCUCUGGUGCACCUGCAGGUGACGGACGCUUCAGAUAUUGACGACGUCACCAGACUUUUGAUGCAGAUCGAUAACGUUUUAGCAAAAUUCCGAGGCAAACGUGGCUGUAUCGGAUACAUGUGUUCUUACUCGCACAUGAGCAGCUCGGCGGGCUCGAAAGCGGUCCACAACAGUCUCAUGAAGUUCCUCUACAACUGUGCCAAGGAUCCCCACUGUUCGCCAGGAAAACGGAAGCGGCGCAGCGUAUCGGAGACGGACACACCGUUGUGGUCGAUGUUGAGAAACAGGGACUUGGAAACAUUUUUGAGGAGACGAGAUAUUAAGUCGCUUUUGAGCGGAAGCAGCAGUCUUAACAAGGCGCCCUCAUAACCCAGGGCGGAGAUCACGAAGCAGAGAGAGGGGGCGCCACUUCUCGGACCACUUCUGACCCGGAAAUCGACUGCCAACCAACCAAUGAGCUGCGAGCGAUUUUUAUGACGUCAUAAGUAUGGAGAUGAAACAGAAAUGUGCGGAUUUUCAGCGGGAUUAGCAAGCGUAGAAUCAACUGAAGCAUCACUUCUUUGAAAUGGCUUUUGAAUUACUAGUUUUUUGUCGUCCGAAUAGGACUAGAUCUACAUUUUACAGAAAGAACAAGGCUUCCCCUUUAUUUUGGUACGAAUGAGCGAAAAAACAAUUUUGAUUGAACAGAAGAAAGAGAAAGAGAGCGAGAGAGAGAGAGCGAGAGAGAG